GCUACACAAACUCUUUAUAAAUUCUAGGGAUAAUUCAAGACUUUUUCAAAAUCAAACUUCUUCCUUUUGGAACCAUCUUACGAUUCUUACCAUCGUACCACUAUUUAUUCCCAAACAAUCACCAAUUAAUAAAAAAAAAAAAAUUGUCAAAAAAAAAAAGUAAAAUGAGAAUGAACACAACAUUCUAGACUGUUCUUUAAAUCAGAACCCUCCAGAUCCCAACCCCACUCCACACACACCUACACACUCCCUUUUUCUUUUUUUCGCCUCCGCCCCAAUUCUCACUUCCCCUUCAUUCUCUCUCUAAAAACCCAUCACUUUCUCUCUCUUCAACCUUCUUCUCUGCAACAAUGGCGAAAUACGGCGAAGGAGACAAGCGUUGGAUAGUACAAGACAGACCAGACGGAACCAACGUCCACAAUUGGCACUGGGCUGAAACAGAUUGUCUCGAAUGGUCUAGAACAAAGCUCUCAGAUUCUCUAUCCAACCUCACAAUCUUAUCCGGGGAAGGAAACCUCUUCGUGAAGAUCACAAAGCUCGACAAGCUUGAAGGCGAGGCGUAUGUGAACAUCCGAAAGGGGAAGAUAAUUCCCGGGUACGAGCUCGCCCUUACCCUCUCGUGGGAGGGUGAGGCGAAGGACGAUUCAGGAAUUUGUCUUUCAAAAUCAAUCGGUAAAAUCGAGAUUCCGUAUAUCUCCGAUGAGAACGCGGAUGAGGAUCCGGAGGUUAGGGUCAGCUUCGACGAUGAUGGGGUUGUUGGGAGGAGGAUAAAAGAGGCGUUUAUUGCGAAGGGGAAGCCGGUGGUGUUGGAGAAGGUGAGGGAGUAUGUGGAGAGUAUGGCGAGAGGUGGGCCGUGUAAGGAGGAGUUGGAGGUGAAGAAGGUGGCGCCCAAGGCGGGGGCAGGGGAGGGUGAGGGUUCGAAAGGUGGGGCGGGUUCGACACCGGCUGUGGCGGUACCGAAGAAGAAGGAGGUGAAGAAGAGUAAGGAGAAGAAAGGGUUUAGGACGGUGAAAUUGAGUGAGAGGUUUCGGUGUAGGGCGGUUGAUUUGUAUGAGAUAUUGAUGGAUGAGAAUAGGUGGAAGGGUUUUACUCAGAGUAAUGCUAAGAUUAGUAGGGAGGUUGGAGGAGAGUUUAGUAUUUUCGACGGCUCGGUUACUGGGUCUAAUGUUGAAUUGAAGGAAGGGAAGUUGAUUGUUCAGAAAUGGAGGUUUGGGAAUUGGCCUGAUGGUGUUUUCUCUACGGUGAAGCUGACAUUUGAGGAGCCAGAAUCUGGUGUCACUGUGGUUAAGUUGGUUCAGACUGAUGUUCCGGAGGAAGAUAGAUAUGGGAAUGAAACUGUGGUGGAAAACACAGAGAGAGGCUGGCGAGAUCUGAUCUUCCAAAGGAUUCGAGCUAUCUUUGGCUUUGGACUUUGACCGCUCAGCUAAAAAUAUUCCUUUGCCAUUUCAAGUGUAACACACUAAUUGAUAUAUUACUUGUUGUUUAGCCAUGAAUGUUAUUUGUUGAAGUGGCUGGACUAUUUUUCAGAUGAUCAUGAAAGUAUCGUGGACAAUAUUGUGUCUCCAUCUGUCAUAUUAUCAUGUAACAGUGGUUAUUUUCAGAAGUUUUGAAGUAAUGAAGAGGCUCUUCUCUUCUGAAUUUUGUUGGUUUUCUA